AUGUAUUACUUUGUUCUUGGUGGCAACGGUUUGGUGUUAAUCGACGUCGCUAAUCGCAAGUUCUUGGCUGAGUUUCUCCGAGCUCUAAUAACUUAUGCAAGAGAGGAUCAGAGAUCUCAAGAAGCUCAUCGGUUGGAGUUUCCUCUAGACUCUUCUAUUAUUACCAUCAUCGGAGCCUCAACGAUGGAGUUCCUUUCAAGUGGGAAAUGCAGCCGGGAACUCCCAUCAAUCCUCCCCCUGAAGAAAUCGUUCCUCCGAUUACUCCUCCUCCGGCACACCUCAGCCGUAGCCUCACUAAACCUUCGUUCGGAGAAUCAAAUAAACGUUCUCUUUUUACGGCGAACGUUAAGCUUUGGAAAUGGAAGAAUAUUCGAAACAAAUAUUUCUCUAAAUGGUCAAGCCAAAGCAUGCUUAGUCGAGAUAAUAAGAAUGCUCGUCAUGGUGGUUCAAAUUCUUGUGGUGAAUUGGAGAGAACUGAGAAGUCUGAGGAUUACAGAUCAAGCUGCUCUUCUUUUUCUUCAACGUCAUCUUCCUCCAAAGAUCGGAGAUAGGUUAAGGAUUACGGGUGAUUUAAUAAUAUUUACGUUGUCGUCUUUAACUUUGUAA